AUGUGUAUUGGUGGGCGGGUUUUCGCCCAGCAGUCGGCAAGAUGUCUCGCUCAGUCUGUGACUGCAGUGGAUAAACCUAAUUUCAAUGUUGGCACUAUAGGACAUGUUGACCAUGGGAAGACCACCCUUACAGCCGCUAUCACCUUCGUGCUAGCAAAACAAGGUCUUGCGAAACCAGUCAAGUUUGACGAAAUCGACAAGGCAAAGGAAGAGAAGAAACAUGGUGUAAUGGCCCAAACUAAGGAACAUCUUAUGUUGGCUCAUCAGAUAGGGUUAAAACACAUUGUGGUCUUCAUAAACAAAGCUGAUUUGGUUGAGGAUGAUGUACUUGAUCUUGUAGAGAUCGAAGCACGUGAACUUCUUUCCUCACAUGGUUUCGAUGGUGAGAGUGCCGCUGUUGUUCGUGGAUCUGCGUUGAAUGCUCUCGACGGUGUAGAUGCUUCCAGCAUUGUAGAAUUGCUAUCUGUUUUGGAUGCCUUACCAGAGCCGCAACGAAACAAAGAAGAAGCUCUGAUUAUGCCUGUGGCAUCAAAAGUGUCCAUAACGGGACGAGGUACUGUUGUUGUUGGCACUGUGGAGCAGGGUAUUUUGAAAAAAGGUGAUAAAGUGGAAAUAAAGGGGAAUGGGCGGGAAUUGCUCACAACGGCAUCCGACAUUCAAGUCUUUGGUAAAAGCGUAAAAGAGGUUGGCGCUGGUGAUCACUGUGGUGUUCUUUGCAGGGGAGUGAAGUCCGACCAUGUUGCACGCGGCAUGUGGUUAGGCCACAUAGGGGUUGUGAAUAUGACAAAUCACGUAAAUGCGGAAAUGUAUUUGCUUGACGAGAAGGAAAAUGGUCGGAAAGUUGGAAUUAGAUCUGGGUUUACAGACAAACUUUUCUGCAGUACAUGGGAUCAGGUCGCUCGGUUUGAUUUUUCGAACGAUAUUCUUAUGCCUGGAGAACAUACUCAUACAACCAUUACUUUCAUGCGUGAUAUGCCGUUACGGAAGGGAGUACCAUUUACCUUAAGAGAUGGAAGUAGUAAUCAAACAAUUGCAAGGGGUAUCGUCUCUGAGUUGCUUUCUCCUCUGUUUGUAGAGAAGUAUAAUCUUAAAAAGGCGGUCACUGGGCAACACAGGAAGUAA